AUGGGACAGGCAGUUUCAACUCCUUUGGAUCUGACUCUGAGACAUUGGACUGAUGUUAAAACUAGGGCUCAUAACCUCUCUGUUCAGGUUAAGAAAAAUAAGUGGAUAACCCUAUGCUCAUCAGAGUGGCCAACUUUCCAACUUGGGUGGCCCACUGAAGGUUCUUUUUCCUUGUCGCUGAUUGUGGCAGUUAAAAGCAGGAUUUGUAAUUCUUCCUCUAACAGGCAUCCUGACCAGGUCCCAUACAUUGUUGUGUAGGAAGACUUGGUCACAGACCCACCUUCGUGGGUUUGGCCCUUCCUCCCAUCAACAGGUCUGAUGGCAGUGUUUGCCCUCAACGAAGACAAAAAAAAAAAAAAAAACCCUCCUGUACUGUAGGAUGCAAAUCCAGAUCUUCUCCUCUUGGACCCCCCUCCUCCUUAGCCCCCAGCUCUUCGUUCACAGGCCGUGCAGCCGUCAGCCCCGACAGCUGAGGUGCAAAGUUCCGGACCAGCCCAAGGAACUCGUAGUCGGCAGGCAGACUCACCAGAUGCUGUCCCCACAUUUCCUCUUAGGGCAUACGGCCCCCCAGAUGAGGAUGGCAACCAGCCCCUGCAGUAUUGGCCUUUUUCCUCCUCUGACCUUUACAAUUGGAAAUCUCAAAACCCCCCUUUCUCUGAACACCCCCAGGGACUCACUAACCUUGUAGAAUCCCUCCUUUUCACCCAUCAGCCCACAUGGGAUGAUUGUCAGCAGCUCCUCCAGGUUCUGUUCACUACUGAAGAAAGUCAGCGGAUCCUUCUGGAGAGCAGAAAACAUGUUCCAGGGCCUGAUGGCAGACCCACCGUCCUCCCUGAUGUCAUCGAGGCUGGGUUCCCUCUAACUCAGCCUCACUGGGAUUUCAACUCGGCAGAAGGUAGGGAUCACCUGAAAGUUUACUGCCAGGCUCUAAUGGCAGGUCUCCAUGGGGCAGCUAAGCACCCCACCAAUUUGGCUAAGGUAAGGGAAGUGACCCAGGUACCCAAUGAGUCUCUGUCAGUAUUUUUGGAGAGACUCAUGGAGGCAUUCCACCGGUUUACUCCCUAUGAUCCUAGCAGUGAGGAACACAAGGCUACAGUAACAGUUGCCUUCAUUGAUCAGUCCUGUAAGGACAUCAAGAAAAAGUUACAAAAGCUAGAAGGGUUACAAGAUAAAACCCUCAGAGAGUUAGUGCAGAUAGCUGAGAAAGUCUAUUUUAACAGAGAGUCAGAGGAAGAAAGGAGAGAAAGAGAACAAAAAGAACAGGAUGCCAGAGAGAUUAAAAAAGAAAAAUGCCAAGAAAGAAAUUUUCAUAAAAUCCUGACCACUGUAGUCAGAGAAGCCAGAGAACCCAGGGAGGCAGUCCCUGGCAACAAGAAGGAGUCCCUAGCUAAGGACCAAUGUGCCUAUCGCAAAGAGAAAAGCCACUGGUUCUGGGAUUGCCCCAAGAGGGGAAACAAGAAGCCCCAGGCCCCCAAAGUCCUAGCCCUGCAAGAAGACAGCGACUAGGGGGGUCAGGGUUUGGACCCCCUCCCCGAACCCAGGGUAACAUUAAUAGUGGAGGGGAAACCUACCCAAUUCAUGGUAGACACAGGAGCUGAACACUCAGUACUUUUACAAGCUGGAGGGCCCCUCCUCCCCAAAAAAUUAUGGGUACAAGGGGCCACUGGAAAUAAACAAUAUUCAUGGACUACCUGAAGAACAGUGGAUCUUGGCGUGGGCCGGGUAUCCCACUCGUUCAUUGUCAUUCCAGAGUGCCCUUACCCACUGUUAGGAAGAGAUCUCCUAACCAAAAUGGGUGCCCAAAUCCAAUUCAGCCCUGAGGGAUCUCAGGUGUUAAAUCAACAGAAAAAGCCUUACCAGGUGUUAACUCUAAGAUUAAAAGAUGAAUACCAGUUGUUUGAACAACAAAAACAAAAGACUGAACAAAUGGACUGGUGGUUAAGCCAAUAUCCACAGGCAUGGGCUGAGACGGCAGGAAUUGGAAAGGCUAAAAACAGACCACCUGUUUACAUAGAACUAAAAGCUCAAGCCAGUCCCAUAGCAGUCUGGCAGUACCCAAUGUCCUGGGAGGCACACGAAGGCAUCAAGCCUCACAUCAUGUGCUUGCUCCAGCUGGGGGUCUUGCGGAAGUGCCAAUCUGCUUGGAACACUCCCUUGUUACCGGUCCGUAAGCCCGGUACAAGUGACUACCGGCCAGUCCAAGAUCUCCGAGAGGUAAAUAAGUGUGUGGCUGAUCUCCAUGCCACUGUUCCUAAUCCUUACAAUCUCUUACGUUCUUUACCUCCAGACAGGACCUGGUUCACAGUACUAGAUCUCAAAGAUGCAUUCUUCUGCUUGCCGUUGGCUCCGAAGAGUCAAGAUUGCUUUGCCUUUGAGUGGAAAAACGCAGAGGCUGGUCUGACGGGACAAUUCACCUGGACCUGUUUGUCUCAAGGAUUUAAAAAUUCUCCUACUAUGUUUGAUGAGGCCUUCCACCAGGACUUGGCCAUGUUCUGGGCCUCCAACCCUCAGGUAACUCUGUUACAGACCAAACCCUUCCACCUGUAUGUGGCAGAAAACAGGGGGAUCACAAAGGGGGUGCUAACCCAAAGACUGGGACCUUGGAACAGACCAGUGGCCUAUCUAUCCAAAAAGCUAUACCCAGUUGCCUCAGGGUGGCCAGCUUGCCUGAGAAUCGUGGUUGCAUUUGAAAUUCUAGUAAAAAAUGCUGAUAAAUUGACUAUGGGACAAAACUUGGUAAUCUCAGCACCUCAUGCCUUAGAAAAUGUUGUCCGCCAGCCUCCUGACAACUGGCUCUCCAACACGUGCAUGACUCAUUAUCAGACUUUAUUAAACCCAGAUCAAAUAACCUUUGCUCUACCAACAAGCUUAAAUUUAGCCUCGCUGUUGCUGGACCCAGACCUCGACCCGCCCACCCAUGAUUGCCAACAAGUGCUUGCAAAAGCCCACGGGUGGAGAAAAGACUUGUCAGAUCAGCCUCUACCAGAUGCUGAGGCCACUUGGUUCACAGAUGGCAGCUGUUUCCUGAAAAAUGGAGAAUGGAAAGCCGAGGCAGCAGUGGUGGAUGGCCAGAAACUGGUAUGGGCUCAGGCUUUGCCUGCUGGGACAUCUGCCCAGAAAGUGAAACUCAUCGCUCACACAAAAGCCCUAAAACUAAAAAAAUAAAUAAAUAAUAAAAAGAUCAACAUCUACAUAGACAGCAGGUAUGCCUUUGCCACUGCUCAUGUGCACGGUGCAAUAUAUAAACAGCGAGGUCUUUUGACUUCAGAUGGAAAGGAAAUAAAAAACAAGGCAGAGAUUAUAGCCCUGCUGGAGGCCCUCCUCGGACCACUAAAAGUGAGUAUCAUACAUUGCCCAGGGCACCAGAAAGGAAACUCCCCAAUUGCAAAGGGAAACAACCUGGCCGACUCUGAGGCUAGAGCGGCCACCCACGGGUCCUCGGAUGUACUGCUGGUGAGUGUCCCUGAGCCAGAAGGGCUCAAAUGCCAACCAUUAUUCUGGUACUCAGUGGAGGACAUAGCAGAACUGUCCAAAGACACCAGAUGGGUAGAAGCCUUCCCAACAAAACAAGAGACUGCCUCUGUUGUGGUCAAAAAAAUCCUGGAAGAAAUCUUUCCACGCUUCGGAGUGCCCAAGGUAAUUGGUACUGACAACGGACCUGCCUUCGUUGCCCAGCUUAACCUAACCCCCUUUGAAAUUCUUUAUGGUGCCCCAGCACCCUUAACCUUGCUGGGGGACACAGCUGUCCCUACAGCUUCCAGGCUACAACCUGAAUGCCAUCGUAACCAUGAUUUGUAUGCCAGGUUAAAAGGACUACAGGCGGUGCAGAAGGCAGUCUGGGAACCCCUAAAGGCCAUCUACGAACCCGGGACCCCUGAAACCUCUCACCAGUUCCAGGUUGGGGACUCUGUCUACGUGAGGAGCCACCACCCCCACUCGCUGGAGCCUCGCUGGAAAGGACCUUACCUGGUGCUCCUGACUACCCCAACAGCUGUCAAGGUAGAUGGGAUUACUGCCUAG